AUGGCCCCCCAAGAUGCAAACGAGCCAAUAAUACCCCAUCAGACACAAGGAACAGAGACAAGGCUCACGACCGAGGCGGUCAAGUUUCCCAGAUUGCUGCUGGUCGCGAUCGUCCUGUGCCUGGCCACUGUGUGCGUUGCCGUAGACAACACCAUCCUAUCCACUGCAGUCCCUCACAUCACCGACGCUUUCGACAGUAUCGACGAUGUGGGCUGGUAUGCCGCAAUAUACCCCUUGACCUCAUGCGCAUUUCAGCCGUUCUUCGGCAAGAUCUAUUCCCUUGGCUCCAACAAAGUCGUCUUUCUAGCCGCCCUCCUGGUCUUCGAGGUCGGAAGCGCGAUAUGUGCUACAUCGCCGACCUCCAAUAUCUUUAUCCUUGGACGGGCCCUGGCAGGGCUGGGGUCUGCUGGCAUUUCUGCCGGCACCACCCUCAUCCUGGCCGAGUGUGUCCCGCUGCCGCAGCGACCGACAUGGAAUAGCAUCAUCGGCAGUACUUUUGCUCUGGGAAGUGUCGCUGGGCCCCUGCUGGGCGGAGCCUUCACCGAAAACACGACCUGGCGUUGGUGUUUCUACACCAACCUGCCUAUCGGGGGCGUGGUCAUGCUUUUUGUGGCCUUUUUCUACAAGAGCAAUUCGAGCACUACACCAGCCCCGACUGAAAUGUACAGCCGGCUUGCCCGAUUCGACGUCGGCGGCACCAUCACCAUGAUGCUGGCCACAGUUUGCCUUCUCCUCGCAGUCUCCUGGGGCGGGACCAAGUAUGCCUGGGACGACACCCAUACCAUUGUUCUGCUAACAGUCUCCGGGAUUCUCUUCUGCGUGUUCGCCGGCAUUGAGCGAUGGAUGCAAGAUAACGCUCUGAUUCCUUUGCGAUUGCUCCGCAGGCGAAGCAUGGGUGCUGCGAUCCUGUUUAGUGUCUGUCUUGGGGGCGUGUUCUUUGUCAACGUAUACUACAUCCCGCUCUGGUUCCAGCUCGUUGACGGAACCUCAGCCGUCGAGUCCGCCAUCAUGUUCAUCCCGUUCAUGUGCAGUGUCGUCGGCGGAUUCGUGUGUGCCGGCCUCGGCACCGCCGCCACGGGAUACUACACGCCGUUCGUCUACGGGGGCUCGAUCCUCAUGUCGGUCGGGACGGGUCUGAUCGCGACGGUGCGGCCGCACCAGACUCCGCGCGCCCGCUGGGUCGGGUAUCAGAUCCUGUGCGGGGCCGGCAUCGGCCUGGGCGAGGAGCAAGGCCUCUACAUGGUGCAGACCACGCUUCCCGAGGAGGAUGUCGCCACGGGUCUCGGGAUCGUGCUCUUCGCGCAGACGUUCGGCGGCGCCGUCUUUGUGUCCGUGGCGCAGGCGGUGUUCCUGGAGCAUAUCACUGCGGCCCUGCGGACGCUAGCUCCCCAUGUGAACCCAUACUCGGUGCUGGGAGGUGCGGCGACGGUGGCGUCGCCCGCGCUGCAGAGAGCGUAUGCCGUGGCGAUUAAGGAUGCGCUGCGUGUGGGGCUGAUUCUGGCUGCUGUUUCAAGUUUGGGGGCUUUGCUGUAUGAUUGGCGUAGUCUGAAAGGGACGCGCGAGGAGGGGACCGAGGGACGUGGCGGUGGGCAUGAGCUGGUUUAUGUAGGGGAAGAUCGAACGGUGGACAGGGGAGAUAAGGACUAAGACUACGACACAAACGAAGCGGAAACGGUGCUUGAUCAUGUAUUGGGUAGGAGGCUUACCCAGGAGAGUCUAGGGAGAUAAUGAUUGGACGUAAGGAAGAGAUCUGAGUAGUUGAGAUCUGAGUAGUUGAGAUCUGAGUCAAUCUUAAAGCAAGGUUGGCAGGGAAAUCUAACCGUUAAAUAUAGAUAGGUUAAUCAUCG